AUGGCAACAACCGGAGCAGCUCUCACUUUACCACUCAAUCGAGCUGCCACCGACCCUCAGACACUCGGCGACAUGGACGCCCUACAACCACAACCAAAGUCUACUCAUGCCAAUGGCAAACCUUCAAAAGUCCCAGAAACAGCUGCUACGAAGCACCACCAUGAUCAUCUAAACAUCCUCGCCGAAGAAAUUACGACCAACCUCCCCCUAAUCCCUCUGGAUGAAGGGGCACGAGUCAAAGUCACUACUUCAGCCCUGGAACUAGCCAGCUUAGUUCGACCGCCUGUCGAUCUCAUCAUGGGACUGUUCUGCAGCAUGUCUAUCGUGUCAGCUGUGCGAUUGUUUCUACAUUGGGGAGCAUUCGAGGCCAUUCCUGCUGGUGAGGGAGAGAAGAUCAGUUAUAGCGACCUAGGCAGACGGGUUGGGGCUGAAGAGGGGCUAUUGGUCCGCAUUGCGAACAUGCUAACCGCCGCCUCCAUCCUAACCCAUCACCCCGGUGUUACCGGCAUCUCCCCUCCCUCCGUCUCUCAUACCCCCUUCUCCCGCCUGCUCCUCCCUAACCAGCCGCUCCGAGCCAUGUUCUCCGUCCUGUACACUAACAUCAUCCACGUCUCAACAAUCCUGCCCGAGUACUUUGACCUGUACGGCCGGCGGGAGCCCCAGGGGCUGGGGCAUAUUCCAAUCUCAUUUCUGGAAGGUCAUCCCGAAGACGAUUACUUUAGUCUGCUGAGCAGGGAUGAGAAGCGCAUGCAGGAGUUUAUGCUCGCAAUGGGAAUUGGCACGAGGAGGGUGCCAGUUGUGGGGGUAUAUGAUAUGGAGAGGGUGUUGGGGCUGGUCAGGGACCGGGCAGCAGGAGAAAAAGGAAGCGGGAUUGUUUGGGUUGAUGUUGGAGGGGGCGAUGGUCAUACUGUAAAGGAGUUUCUAGGGGUGUAUGGGGAGCGGGGAUUGAAAGCUGAGGAGUGUGUCGUGCAGGAUUUGGAGAUGGUAGUUAAGGCUGCGAAGAAGAAGGUUGAGAAAGAAGGGGAUGAGGAGUUGAUGAGGGUUAAGUGGGUAGUAAUGGACUUUAUGAAGGAAGCUCCUGUUGAGGGUGCACUGGUUUACUACCUCCGCCACAUCCUCCGCGAUUACUCCGACCCUGUGGCGGUCACCAUCUUGCGCAAUGUCGCUCGUGCACUAACAAACCCCGAUGGACGCGUCCUCAUCGCCGAGCAGAUCAACCCUGACCCCCUUGCCCCAACAGAUCCGAGUUCCGGCAGCCCAGCUACCGGAAACAAGCCCCCUAUUCCUCUCUACGCUGCCUUCAAGGACUACGCGAUGCUCUCAAUCGGCGGGAAGGAACGAUCGUUGGCUCAGUUCGAGGCUGUUGCCGAUGCGGCUGGGCUGAAGAUCUCAGCUGUAUUUCAGGACAAGGCAACGCCACAUGGGGUUAUUGAACUUGUACUUAAGGAUCGACUGUGA